AUAUAUGUUUGCAGUGAGAAGAGGCUGAAAAAAAUCCCCGGAUAGAAGCGUAAACAAGAGGGCUGUGAGGGUGCGGGACACAGACGGGUGACAGAGGGAAGUUUGAGCGGAUUCAGGCGCUCAGAUCGGCGGCUGGAGGAGAGGGAACACCGCGACACUGAUCCAGGGCGUUGAUGUUAAGACAGACGGCCAACUGAGAGACAUCAUCCAGCACUCAGUUGGGAGAAGGAAUUUAAACAACUAAUUUUUGGACUGAAAUAUACAAGAAGAAGAGGGCAGAAAUCCAUCCUGAACUAGCAACAGCUUCAUCUACAGCCCAGCUUUUAUGAUCAUUUGAGUUUCUUUUGUUCUUCUGGGCACCCAGGAGAGCUGGUUCAGGAUUAAAUAUAUACUCCAUCAACAGUGACCAGUGGAGCACCUUUAAAUCUUUUCCCGGGGCCUCAUAGUGGAGUAACCUUUCCCAAGUAAUUUCCUUAUCUCUGCUCUGAGGAAGCGUCCGGAUAAACUCAGCACAAUUCAUGUUUUCCCAAGGAGGCUGAAAAGCAGAGAACCUGCCUGGACCCUCUGGAGGCUUUCUCAGCAACUUUAGGAAUCUUGGAUGGUGAAAGUCUGGCUGUGGCACACAGGAUGGGGAACCAAAAUGCCAUUACACCCAGAAGUCCUGAAGGUGGGAUUGCUGAAAAGGAGGAUGCAGCAUUGAUCAACAGAGCGACAGGAGGCGUCCCUGCAGAUGAAGCUCAGAGCCCCAGCCCAGAGCUGCUGGCAGCCCUGCAAUCCCUCGGAGAAAACGACAACUACACUCUGCUGCCGCACUCCCUGCACCAGAUUGCGGAGACCUACUCACUGAAGCAGGACUACCAGUGGGCCAUUCAGUUCCUACAGCUGGAAAAGCUCUACCAUGAACGUCUGCUCUCCAAUCUCGCAGCCCUGCAGGAUAGAUGGGAGAGUGAGGUUAAUGAAAAGAAGGACACAGAGUGUUGGAUGCCUCCUGAUACAGACAGUACAAAUCAGAAACAUAUUGAGAGGCUGAGCCACAUCUGCAGGACACACCAUAGACCAUCCCUCAGCCUGGACCAGGAAAACCUGAACGCAGCACUUAAAGACACUCAGAUGAGGAUGAAGAUUCUGCAGUCUAGUCGUGAUAAAGCUAACAUGCUCGAGACCACACAUGGUGCUGAAGAGAAAGAAAAGAGCAUUAUCUCCCAGUCCGAGUUUUCCUCACUACAGAGGGAGGAAGAGGAGAAGAGCCAGGAAGAGGGAGAAGAGGCGUUCGAGAAAGACCAGGAAGUAGAAGCAGAGGAGCAAGCGGUGCAUGGUGAGGACACACCGGAAGAAGAGGAGAUGAAGGUGGAGUGGCCAGCAGGAGUAGCACAGGCCUCGGACAAAGACCUAGACAAACUCUCCAACACUGAGGGGACCUCCUCCCCAGAUGGUCUGGUCUCCAUUCUUAAGAGGAGGCGAGCCUCGCUAGAUGGACUUCCUCCCCUGAUCGACAGUGCUGAUAAACAGAAUAUCAAGCGCAAAGUUCGCUUCAGCGAGCCAGAGGAGGGCAUAGAACAAGAUGAGGUUGGAGGAGAUUCCUGUCUUAUCCUACUGCUGCUGUGUCUGGUCACUGUGGUGAUCAGCAUAGGUGGGACUACGCUCUACUGCACUCUGGUGGACACUUACUCCAACAUCUGCACCGACUUCACUCAGAAUGUCGACUUCUACGUCACAAAUGUACGAGGUUUCCUGGAAGGACUUGGACAGUGGCUAUGGACUUAGAGCCAACUGGCUUUCAGGCAUGUUAGCUGUGACAAAAGAAACUUCAGUUGUAAGGCACCAGGAAACUUGAUGGGACCUUCAGUGCCAGCGAUGACCUUCUGCUGCUGUUUCAGAGGUUGAACCAGUGAAUCUCACUGUUUACUAGACAUGCAUAUACAGUGCCUUGCAAAAGUAUUCAUUACUGGGAAUCUUUCCAGAUUUUCAUCAUGUUACAGCUCCUUACUUCAGCAAAUAUUCAUUGGAUUUUAGACCGACACAAAGUAGUAAAUAAUUGAAAAGUGGAAGGAAAAUGAAAUAUUAUUUUAAAAAUUCCGACAAAUAAAAGUGUUUUAGGGUAUGUGUCUACCAGUUUUGCACAUCUAAGUCUUGCCACAAAUUCUCUUUGGAUUUCGAUCCAGACUUUGACUGGGACAUUUAAAACAUGAGAGUGUACUGAUCUAAACCGUUUCAUUGGGAGCUCUGGCUAUAUGUUUAGGUUUGUUAUCCCGCUGGAAGGUGAAGCUCCACCUCAGUCUCAAGUCUUUUGCCACCUCUAACAGGUUUUAUUCCAGAAAUGCCAUGUAUUUAGCUCCAUCUAUGUUGCCAAUUGGCUCUGAACAAAAGCAUUCCCUCAGCAUGAUACUGCCACCACCAUGUUUUGUUGCAGCAUUGCUGUGUUCAAGCUGAUGUGCAGUGUUGGCUUUCGUCCCAACAUAGUGUUUUGUCUAUAAGCCAAGAAGCUUAUUUUGACUUUAUCUGAUCAGAGCAUGUUUUUGCACGUUUGCUGUGAAACAUUGUCACUAUAAAAGCCAGACCAAAUUGUGCUGAAUCCAAAUGCAUGCCACACGUGUUUAUUUGUUAAAACAUUUGAAAACCAUCCAUCAUUUUCCUUCCACUUCACAAUUGUGCAACAAUGUGUGUUGCUCUGUCACAUAUAAUGUAAAUAAAAUACAGUGAUCACUGUGGUUGUUUUGUGACAAAAUGUAGAAAAGUUCUAAGGGAACUUUUUGCAAGGCACUGCGACUGAAUAGGUGCUCAACCUGUUAAUACCGACGACUUCACCUCAGAAGAAAAGCAGUUAAUGCACCAAUGUUGUAAAUAUUGUGUAACUAGGCUGCCUGUCUAGAUACCAAACAGGAGGGCUGGGCAGUCUCAUUUACAUAUAGAUUAAAAUAGAAGAUGUGUUUUGUCUUUACCCCACACACUUGCAGCAUUCGUAAGUGUGUUAAUGAUUUGAACGGGUUAUUUCGCCAACCGGGAUUAUUUUGUUUGUUUACUUUUCAUCUUGAACCUACCUCUCAUCAGAUCAUGUCUGUCUCUCCUAAAUAGGAGAAAGACAAAGAUAUAGAUUAGGUGUGUUAUUAUUUAAAGUUUUCCUGUUCAUGCCUCAGUCUGUUAACACUAAAUGUUUAGAUCUGCACCAGAAAUGAUGAUCAGAUAUGAUUUUUCCUUUUCAGUGUGCACAUAGAUAAUCAGUGAUAUUAAACGAGCAACGAUUGGAUGGCAGAGCGCCGCACUUCUUAGCUUGUCAGAAUAACUUGACAGAUGACAUGGUUUUAAACACAGUGCUGCAUUUUACUAAAAUAAAUUCAUUUAUCCGAAUCAAUUUUAUGAAAUUUCUGUUGCUUCCAAAAUGCAGAUUUGUAUAAAACAGUAUAAAGUUUGAUCAUGUCCAUUACUACAAUAUGUAAACCUAUGAAAUAUGUAACACCUUUUACCUUUUCUUCUCAAUGUUUCUAUAAAGUUUGUUUUGAUUUGACACAGUACAUCACUUGAAUUGUCAAAUAUUAAAAUGAAGAUGUGUUUAAUA